AUGAAUACCGUAUUAGAAGCAAUAAAUGCUACACUUGAUACCAGCGUUAUAGGCACGUUGCUCUCACAAAAAGGAAGGGCACUGUUCUUUCCCCAAGGCAUAGUAGCACAAACAGAACAGUCGACCUCUGCUAAAAUACAGGCAACAGCCGGAAUGGCAUUAAGUAACUCAGAACCACUUAUCUUUAGUGCUGUACAAAACAUACUUCCCACCCUUAGCGCUCGGGACAUAGUCGCCUACGCACCGGUAGCUGGGCUUCCACAAUUACGGAAGGCGUGGAGGCAGCACAUCAUAGCAAAAAACCCCUCAUUGCACGCUGGGCAUGCAAGUCUCCCUAUAGUGUGCUCGGGGCUUACACAUGGCAUACAUCUUGCUCUUACUCUUUUUCUUAACACAGGGGAUUCUGUGCUUUCUCAUGCACACUACUGGGAAAAUUACCUGCACAUCAUAGAAACAUACCUGACAGCUACAUUGGAAACCUGUGCUUUUUUUGACGCAGAGGGAAACAUCAAUAUUCAAGCGCUACGUGGAUCACUGAGGUCUAUGGCAGAAAAGCAAAAAAAAUGCCUACUGCUACUCAAUUUUCCCAACAACCCCAGUGGUAGCACUCUUAAAAAAGCCGACCUUCCCGCCCUGCUUGAGGUUGUAGAACAAGAAGCAAAGAGGGGCACAGCUGUUCUUGUGCUUUGUGAUGAUGCAUAUUUUGGCAUGUGUUUUGAAGAAAGUCAUUGCUCUCAGUCUCUUUUUAGCUACUUUGCUUCUCUUCACAAGAAUGUGCUAGCAGUAAAGAUAGAUGGAGCAACAAAAGAAAUGCUUGCAUGGGGCUUGCGUGUAGGGUUCCUUAGCUUUGGUAAUCCUGAACUUAGAACAGAACUGGAAUCUGCAUUAGAACAGAAGGUAGUCAGUGCUAUACGCGCCACUGUUACAAGUGCUAGUCGCUUAUCUCAAACACUGCUUAUGAAGAUACUUGAGGACAACCAUACAGAGGAAGAGCAGAAGCGCACGUAUACAUAUCUUAAAACAAAAUACCGUAAAGUAAAGGAUACUAUAGCAGUACUUACACAACAGUAUCCUAACUCUCCCUUGCGUGCUCUCAAUUUUAGCUCAGGCUAUUUUAUGUGCUUUGACUGUGGGGAUAUUUCUGCGAAAGAUCUGCGUCUUUCCCUGCUUGAAAAAGAAAAAAUAGCUCUUAUACAGAUUCACAAUAUGUUACGCUUUACCUUUGCAGCCGUAGACGAAGAAGAAAUACUAGAAGUGCUUCAAAAGAUAUACCAAUAUGCAGAAGGGUUACAGAACACCUAG